AUGAAGACCAUUCAAAUCCUCUUCUUGUUCAUUGCCUCUGUUUUGGUUGAUGCACAAGAUCUGCGCUGGCAGAAUGAGUAUGACCAGGUUUUGAACUUCACCUGCCCCAGCUCUGACUCCAUUUCAUAUAUCAUGAGUCAGCAUAAUAACCAUCAUGAGGACCGGCUGUGGGAUUUCCAUUGCCAACCGACGUUCACAGAGGAACCAGAGUGCUUUACAACUGACUGGGUGAACGACUUUGAUGAGGAACUGGACUUCAAGUGCCUAUCCAACUAUGUCAUGACUGGCAUGCAUAGUUAUCAUGAGAACUACCAUGAGGACAGAAGAUGGAAGUUCACAUGCUGCACCGAAAGUAACUUCUGCACCGGUGACUGCAACUGGAGUGGUUAUGUUAACGAUUUUGACCAAUUCAUGAGCUGGGCAGUUCCUGGAGAUCAGUACUUGGCAGGGGCCCAAAGUUACCACGACGAUCAUCAUGAGGAUAGACAGUGGCAGUAUCUGACUUGCAGCAAAAAAUGCUGAUACCUUCCUUGAUGUGGACACAACCUCUGCCUGAAAAUAAAGACUCAU